ACAACAGCUGAUAGAUUCAACCUAACCUCAACUUUCUCUUUCGGCCGCUAAACAAUUGUCCUUUUUGGAUGCAAGCAUUAAGCAGACCAUUAGCAGGCGCUAUAAUGCAAAGCUUGAUGAGAAACAACGCAAAGCAGUUUAUAUUUUGGAGCAAACAUUUGAACAGAACAUGUAGCUCCAAAACAAUUGCAACCGAAGGCCCAGAAAAGCUCCCCUACAAUGAUCUAAUGCAACAACGCCAGCAGCAAGCUACCCGCAGUAUAGUGGUGCAAGUGCAAUCAGAAAAGUCAUUCCCCGAAUUGUAUAACUAUUGCGCCAGUUUUGGGCAAAUACUCAGCGCUCAUCAUUACCGCAUACAACAUGAGGACGAUCAGCAUUAUAUAUUGCUGGAGUUUGCCAGCACGCAAGAGGCCUCCACUGCAAUUUCUGCCUCAGCGUACAAUGAUGAGCUUUCCGGUGUGACAGCGCAUUCACCCUUUCUUUGGUUCAGAGCGGCGAGCAGCAAGCGUGAGCUAAAAGCAGCAGCCAAAUCAACAACAGCCGCGUUGGUUGUAAUUGGUGGCACUGAAAUGCUUGAUAAUAAUGCUUUGAACGAACUUUUAUCGGAAUCGCAAAAUUUAGAUCAACAAAUUUUGCUUUUGCACCAGCGCACGCAACUCAACGAUUUGGGCGUGCGUUUACGUUUCCUCGCAGCACUGCAAGUACAACAGGCUGUGUCCGGCAUGUUUCCCUUUGCAAAUGCGCAACCUUUUGGUUCAUCAGUAAAUGGCUUUGGCAGAAUGGGCUGUGAUUUAGAUUUAAUAUUGCGCUUUGAUCGCGAAGUUAUUGGUACAGCUGCCAUGCAGCGGCGAAAUAACGACGCGCGUUUAGUUUUUCAUACAAAGGAAAAUCUAACUAAUGGACGUACGCAAACACAGCGACAAAUGGAAAGUGUUGGAGAUAUGUUACAUCUCUUCUUGCCCGGUGUAUGUCACGUGCGACGCAUACUGCAGGCGCGUGUGCCAAUUAUUAAAUAUCAUCAUGAGCACUUAAAUUUGGAAGUAGAUCUUUCCAUGAGCAAUCUCACCGGCUUCUACAUGUCAGAAUUGCUCUACAUGUUUGGCGAGUUCGAUGAACGCGUACGCCCACUGACGUUCUGUAUUCGGCGUUGGGCACAGGCUUGUGGCCUAACAAAUCCCUCGCCCGGGCGCUGGAUAACCAACUUUUCGCUCACCUGCCUUGUGAUAUUCUUCCUACAACAAAUGAAACAGCCGAUACUUCCAACGAUCAACGCGCUAAUGAAAUCCGCCACACCAGAAGAUAUACGUCUCACCGAAGACGGCAUAAAUUGCAGCUUCGCACGAGAUUUGGAGCGCAUUGCCUUUCGUAGUAGCAACACAACCAACGCGAGUGAAUUGUUGCUGCAAUUUUUCGAAUUCUAUUCGCAAUUUGAUUUUCAUAAUCGCGCGAUAUCAUUGAAUGAGGGACGAGCCAUUGCGAAGCCUGAUCACUCGGCGCUUUAUAUUGUAAACCCGCUAGAACAGGUGUUGAAUGUCAGCAAAAAUAUUAGUCACGAAGAGUGCGAGCGACUGCGCAUUGAGGUGCGUAAUGCUGCUUGGGUGCUCGAAUCGGAAGUGGAGCAACCCUCAGUACCGGACAGUGAAAGGGCUGAAGCGUCAUGGGGAAUUCUGCGUCUGUUCAAAGCAAAUGGAAAAUCUAUUAUACGGCCGAAUAUGUUUUUUAAACCACGCAUGGUUGACGUUAGCGAACUGUUUGAUAACUCCGCGCCAGAUGAGCCACCCGCUCCACCAGUCGAGUAUAAAAAUGACAAUGUUAAGCGUGAAGUGGAGAGCAUAAAAGCGCAAGCACGUGGGCACUUCAGACAGAUGCGCAUGAAUGCUUCAACGGCAGCUGGAGCGGCAGCAACAACGACAGCACCUGUAAAGACGGCGAAGGGGCGUCGCAGUAGAUGAACGCCUUUGACUGACUCUUGACUAAGCAAUUGUAAUUUAGUUCAGCAAUGAAUUUUCUAUGUUAACAUAACUGCCGUGAGUGCUAACACUGUAAAUAGGUAUUUGACAAAUAUUUGUGUAAAUAGGUUGCUUCCGUAAAGUUGUAGAGUGCGGCAAAUUUAUUUCAAAUAGCGCAUUGUAAAAAGCGUAAACUCACCAAAAAAUUAUAUUUUAACAACGUUAACUUGCACACAAAUAUGCAAUCUUGUGCAUAAAAGUUUAUAUGUGUAAUGAUUACGGUUAUAAACAUUCGUUUAAGAAACCUACAAAUGUUAAGUUUCCAUAUUUUUAUUUAAAGGAGUAAUAAAGUCUUAAGCUAAAAAA